AGCUACCUUUUCAAAAACGUAUACAAAGUGAAACGUAUAUUUUGGAUGAAUGAUAUUGGGUACAUUUAAGAUACAACCAUCUUGAUACGGAAGAUAUAUGAAGUAACCCGUAAAAGUUUUAGGAAUGUGAUAUGAUAGUUUUGAACGUAGAUUUAAAGGAAGUAAAUAAAAUGACAUAGCUGAAAAACGGAAAAUUGUAAUUAAAACUUAAAACUUCGUUUUAUUAUUUCUGUGGAUAAACAAUUUUAUCUAACGCUGGCACAUCAUAGUACAUUGCUCUGUUUAAAAGUCAAUUGAUAAGAAAUGUCAUAGUGUUUGAAUUCAUCAAGAAAAUCAUGAAGCAGACUCCAUUCUUAAAGAAUUUAAAUAGUUUAGGAAGAACUGGAUAAAGAUAUCCACAUUGCUUGGAGAUACUGAACUAGAAUUAGACUGCAACGGUUUCUCUUGUUUGAAUGAAUGGAUGAACUUAAACAUCAGAUCAAAUAUUUAACAUUUGCCAAAAGCUCCUGGUAAGCCAGCCACAUAUACACUGAUACAGAUGAUACCUGACGUAAGCAUUAUGUUCGGUGUUGAAUAAUGUGACAUUCAAUAUUUACAAGUUUAAGCUCCAUUACCAGUUGUUUCCAAACAAACGGGAUUUAUCACAGCGAAUACAAUGUGUGUUAAUUAGCAAAUAGUUGUCAAAAAUAUAAAAGUUUGAAUAUUACGCAAUAUAUUUUCCUCGAGACUGAAGACAUUAUACAGAAUGAUGAAAUACUCACUAAGAUCAAAAAUGCAAGUCAGUCUAGUAGUUUUAUAUAUUGGAGAGAUAAUGUUUCCACCGGUUUAUGGAGGAUUACAGGCAAAUUGUACGCAAACGAUUAGAACCGGACACGACUUUCAAGUGAAAGUUGUAUUACCUACAUAUAUAAACGCUUCUGAAUUCCGCGAUCCACCAUUUAAUUUUACUGGCAUGACUCUUGAACUUUGUCCAAACAACGUCACUUUAAAAAUUAGCUGGAGCAUGGACAAGACUUCGGGCACAGAAAUGAAAUUAUGCUUUAGGAUAAAAUCAGAUUUAAAUGGUAAAUUCCUACAUACAGAAUGUGUAGAGUUGAAUAUGAACUAUUCAAAGCAUCCAAUAGUAAUGACAUGCUGGUUUCCUAUGGACUAUGUAUCAUACAUGCCAAUAAUUGAUGCAAUGGCGACAUUAAGGGAAAAUGCAGAAAGAUCUUAUUUCUACGGGGAACUCAACACACGUGACAUAGAUCCCACUCGCAGCUGUGAAGAUAUGUGUGAAGUUUCUGAGAUGAUCAUUUCGCCAGUGAAUUUCUGCAAUCAUACAGCAUCGGUCGUAUUUAACGAGAAUAUAACUAUACAUGCUUUGUCCUUCGAUGCAAGCGACUCGUGCAAAGAUUCUCCCAUACAUAUCACUGGAAUGGUUGGUUUGUUCAAAACAACAAAGAAGUUCGAAUUCACAUUGACUUGUACAUAUGACGGUAUUGGACAUGUAAAAGUGUUAUACAGUAUUAAUGGUAAAUACUGUUUGAAGUACCAACCUGUUACAGUGAUUUGUGUGUCCCAAAAGAAAGUAACGGAUUCAAAAACACUUGAACCCGAGGUUGACGACUUCAAGACAUUUGUGAUCUUUGGUCUUGUUUGUAUGAUUGUGAUAACAGCCAUCUUUGUGGUCACCAUUUUAGUUGCACAGUGGCUAAGACAAUGUUUCAAAGAUCGUCGACGAUACAGCGGAAGAGAUGUUAAUAUUUGUACUGACGAGGGAAUGCCAUUCAAAGUGAACAGUUUUCAACAAAAAGGAAAUGACACGCCAAGUACCGGCACUCUCAUUACCCCUGUUGAUCAAGUUAUAAAGCGAGAGUACCGAAAACACGUGGACUCUAUAUCUUCUUCCGAUGUGCAGUUCGCAAAUAUUGCACGUUCUUUGCGAGGACAAACUGCUCGGAAACUACACAGAUCGAUAACGAUGGCAUUACUCGAGAAUAUGGAAUCAUUUGAUAGGAAGAAAAUUUUGUUUCUGCCGACUCCUUUUGACACUUUUAGUCGUGAUGCUACGAAUUUAUUGAAAACGGUUUUCACUCUUGAAUUAAGCAUUCCAACUCAGUGCUGUUUCGAUCGAGAUGUUAAUAAGCGGUACAGGACUGGAGACAGAUAUAAGUGGAUAGAAUCAAUUCUUGGGGAUUUUGACAGAAUUGUUAUAUUCCUAUGUUUUACUAAAAUUCGCGGGCAAACCGGUGACUCCGCGGUCGAAGGUUUAUUGGAUCAUCUUCCUUUAUCCAAGGUCAGACCACAUUGCAAAGUAGCAUUUCUCCAUAUUACAGACAGCUCUGAAAGUUUGGAGAAAAAUCAUCAUGGUGAUUGUUUUCAUUUAAGUGAUAAAAACUCUUAUGAAGUUUUUGUUGGUGCGGUAUUAAAGUACUGUGGAAGAAAUCCAUUGGCAGAACAAGAUCUUAUGGCUAGACUGACAAACUGUAAAGCCUCGAGACACUUCCUUCGUUUCAUAGGGAAAGACAAGAAGCAUCAUUAAAGGACAGACAAGUUUAUGGACGAACCUGGAUUUCACAAAAGAUCUCCCGCUUGUACUACACGUAUCGCUUCUGUCGUAUGCAAACUAGACAAAUACUUGGCAUGUUACAGAUACAUCUCUGUUACAAUCUUCGUCUGUUUUAACAUUUCAGAGAACGAGUAAUACUGUUUAUUACAUACCUAUAUAAAUUCUGUAAAAAAUCUGCUUGUAUUUCACAAUUAAAUAUGAACAGACAGACAAAAGUUCCGUAUUGUACCUUUUAAAUUCCGUAUUGUACUUUCCGUAUUGUAUGCUGCCGGACUAUUUUCAUUAAUAUGCAUGACCCGACACAUUUCUAUAAAAAGCGCACAUAAAAACUU